AUGGCAUCUAAGCCUACCUACCGCAUCGCCUCGAUCCCCGGCGAUGGCAUCGGUCCCGAAGUGGUCAGCGCCACAAUCCAGGCCGUUACCAAACUAUCUCACACUCUUGGGACAUUCGAUAUCGAAUUUACCUAUCUUCCUUGGGGAACUGAGUACUACAAGGAACAUGGGAAAUACGUCUCCGACAACUAUCUGGAGGAGUUGCGCCAGUUCUCAGCAGCCCUCUUCGGUGCCGUGGGCGACCCCAACGUCCCAGACCAUAUCUCCCUCUGGGGCCUGUUGCUCGCCCUCCGCAGCCCCCUCCAACUCUAUGCCAACGUCCGCCCUGUCCGCACCUUCCCAGGAACAAAAUGCAAACUCAACACAACCAAGCAAAUCAACUGGAUGCUCGUCCGCGAGAACUCCGAAGGUGAGUACUCCGGCCAAGGCGGCCGCUCGCACAUCGACCACCCCUGGGAAGCAGCGACUGAAAUCGCGAUCUUCACGCGCGUGGGCAUCGAGCGGAUCAUGCGGUUUGCGUUUGAGACGGCGCAGUCACGGCCGAAGAAGCGGCUUACUGUUGUUACGAAGAGUAACUCGAUGAGACAUGGGAUGGUGCUUUGGGAUAAGGUUGCUGCGGAGGUCGCGGGGGAUUUCCCGGAUGUGAGCUGGGAUAAGAUGCUUGUUGAUGCUAUGACUGUUCGGAUGGUUGACAAGCCUGAGUCGUUGGAUACUAUCGUCGGAACGAAUUUGCAUAUGGAUAUUUUGUCUGAUUUGGCUGCUGCGCUGGCAGGGUCGAUUGGGGUUGCGCCAUCGGCGAAUUUGGAUCCUACGAGGAAGAAUCCGUCGAUUUUUGAACCUGUACAUGGGAGUGCGUUUGAUAUUACGGGGAAGGGUGUUGCAAAUCCCGUGGCGACGUUUUGGUCUGCGGCUGAGAUGCUGAAUUGGUUGGGAGAGAGGGAGGCAGCGGGAAAGUUUAUGAAGUGUGUCGAGAGGGUUUGUGAGGGGGGUGUUCUUACAGCUGAUCUUGGUGGGAAGGCGAAGACGCAGGAUGUUGUUGAUGCGCUUUGUGCUGAGAUUGAGGAGCUUGCUUAG